UCGGUUCGCGAUCUCGAUUUCUAGGGUUUCGUCUCGCCAUUUCCUUCUCUCUCUCUCGUUUGCUCUGAUGGAUGCCCUCGAUUCCGUCGUUGAUCCCCUUCGGGAAUUCGCCAAAGAUAGCGUUCGGCUUGUCAAGCGCUGCCACAAGCCGGAUCGCAAGGAGUUCACGAAGGUAGCAGUGAGGACGGCGAUCGGAUUCGUGGUGAUGGGGUUCGUCGGCUUCUUCGUCAAGCUUAUCUUCAUCCCGAUCAACAACAUCAUCGUCGGUUCCGGCUAGAAAAAUUAGAGAUCCGAGGUUUUUAUAUUCUCUCUUUGGAGAGCAAGAAUGUGAAACAAAGGAUGAGAGUUUUCAUGUCAUGCAUUGCCACUUCUUGUUCCUCUGACCACCGAAUGUUUUUAUAAUUGACUUUAAAUUUGAUAGUGUACAACUAUGACAAGGAUUUGAUUCUUAUAUUCCUUGUUUUCUUACUACAAUCAUUGUUGAGAAACUUUUCUUUGUUUUCUGUGGAAGUGCUUCCCAUGAUACAUCUGCUUAAAUUAAUUUUGAUUGUCA